UCUGGGCUCAGCCGCUAUCAGCCGUGGGAACUCUUAACUUUACCCAGAAGGAUCGGCGGAGGAGGGUUCCCCUCCCGCGGUGCUCACCACCCCCCCCGACCGCCCUCCCCCGCCUCCAAUGGCUUCGCCUUCAGAGCAUCCUCACUCCGCCCAGUUUGGUGCCAACUGCGUGGGCUCCGGCUUCGUGCGUUUUCCUUGGAAUGCUCCAAAACUCUGCAGCGCCUAAGGAAAUCCCAUCGGGAUUUGUCCGGCGUGUGCUCACCCGGCCCGUCGCCGGCGCAGUCGGUCCCUGGAUCCCUACACUUCAGCCAGAAGAUUGCAACUUUGCAGAGUCUGAGAAAUAGCAUGGCAUGAACCAUGGCUCAGUUCUACUACAAAAGAAACGUCAACGCCCCCUACAGAGAUCGCAUCCCUCUGAGGAUAGUCCGAGCAGAAUCCGAACUCUCCCCGUCAGAAAAAGCCUACUUAAAUGCCGUGGAGAAGGGAGACUAUGCAAGUGUCAAGAAAUCCCUGGAGGAAGCCGAGAUUUAUUUUAAAAUCAAUAUCAACUGCAUUGACCCUCUCGGGAGAACUGCUCUCCUCAUUGCCAUUGAGAACGAGAACUUGGAGCUCAUCGAGCUGCUGCUCAGCUUUAACGUGUACGUGGGGGACGCGCUGCUGCACGCCAUCCGGAAAGAGGUGGUGGGCGCCGUGGAGCUGCUGCUGAACCACAAGAAGCCCAGCGGGGAAAAACAGGUCCCUCCCAUACUCCUUGAUAAGCAGUUCUCUGAAUUUACUCCAGACAUUACACCAAUCAUUUUGGCAGCACACACAAAUAAUUAUGAGAUAAUAAAACUUCUGGUUCAGAAAGGAGUCUCAGUGCCCCGACCCCACGAGGUUCGGUGUAACUGCGUGGAAUGCGUGUCCAGCUCAGAUGUGGACAGCCUCCGUCACUCGCGCUCCAGACUCAACAUCUACAAGGCCUUGGCCAGUCCCUCCCUCAUUGCACUGUCAAGCGAAGACCCUUUUCUUACAGCCUUUCAGUUAAGUUGGGAGCUUCAGGAACUGAGCAAGGUGGAAAAUGAAUUCAAAUCAGAGUAUGAGGAGCUGUCGAGACAGUGCAAACAAUUUGCCAAGGACCUACUGGAUCAGACGAGGAGCUCCAGGGAACUGGAAAUCAUUCUUAAUUAUCGGGAUGACAAUAGUCUGAUAGAAGAACAAAGUGGAAACGAUCUUGCAAGACUAAAAUUGGCUAUUAAGUACCGUCAGAAAGAGUUUGUCGCCCAGCCCAACUGUCAACAGCUGCUGGCAUCUCGCUGGUAUGACGAGUUUCCGGGCUGGAGGAGAAGACACUGGGCUGUGAAGAUGGUGACGUGUUUCAUCAUAGGACUUCUCUUCCCUGUGUUCUCUGUGUGCUACCUGAUAGCCCCUAAAAGCCCCCUGGGACUGUUCAUCAGAAAGCCAUUUAUCAAGUUCAUCUGCCACACGGCCUCCUACCUGACCUUUCUGUUCCUGUUGCUGCUGGCCUCUCAGCACAUCGACAGGUCCGACUUGAACAGGCAAGGCCCACCGCCAACCAUCGUCGAGUGGAUGAUAUUACCGUGGGUCCUGGGUUUUAUAUGGGGAGAAAUUAAACAGAUGUGGGAUGGCGGACUUCAAGAUUACAUCCAUGACUGGUGGAAUCUAAUGGAUUUCGUGAUGAACUCCUUGUACCUAGCAACAAUAUCCUUGAAAAUUGUUGCAUUUGUAAAGUACAGUGCUCUUAAUCCACGCGAAUCUUGGGACAUGUGGCACCCCACGCUGGUGGCAGAGGCUCUGUUUGCCAUCGCAAACAUCUUCAGUUCCCUCCGUCUGAUCUCACUGUUUACCGCAAAUUCUCACCUGGGACCUCUGCAAAUAUCUCUGGGAAGAAUGCUCCUGGACAUUCUGAAGUUUCUGUUCAUAUAUUGCCUCGUGUUGCUGGCAUUUGCAAAUGGCCUAAAUCAACUGUACUUCUACUAUGAAGAAACAAAAGGCCUGAGCUGCAAAGGCAUCCGCUGUGAGAAGCAGAAUAACGCGUUUUCCACGUUAUUUGAGACACUCCAGUCUCUGUUUUGGUCAAUAUUUGGGCUCAUCAAUUUAUACGUGACCAAUGUCAAAGCUCAGCAUGAGUUUACUGAGUUUGUUGGCGCCACCAUGUUCGGGACAUACAAUGUCAUCUCACUGGUUGUUCUACUCAACAUGUUAAUAGCUAUGAUGAAUAAUUCUUACCAACUUAUUGCUGACCAUGCAGAUAUAGAAUGGAAAUUUGCUCGAACGAAGCUGUGGAUGAGUUACUUUGAAGAAGGAGGGACUCUGCCUACGCCCUUCAAUGUCAUCCCAAGCCCCAAGUCACUGUGGUACCUCAUUAAAUGGAUAUGGACGCACUUGUGCAAGAAAAAGAUGAGAAGAAAGCCAGAAAGUUUUGGAACAAUAGGGAGGCGAGCUGCUGAUAAUUUGAGGAGACAUCACCAAUAUCAAGAAGUUAUGAGGAACCUGGUGAAACGCUACGUGGCUGCUAUGAUUAGAGAUGCUAAAACUGAAGAAGGCCUGACCGAAGAGAACUUUAAGGAGCUAAAGCAAGACAUUUCCAGUUUCCGCUUUGAAGUCCUGGGCCUGCUGAGAGGGAGCAAGCUUUCUACCAUCCAGUCUGCAAACGCCGCCGAGGAGCCCCCCAGCUCGGCAGACCCGGACGCAAGGAGCGACGACGAAGGUCCCAGCAAGGACAAGAAGAAGAACUUCAGCCUCUUCGAUCUGACCACUCUGAUCCACCCGCGGUCUGCAGCCAUUGCCGCCGAAAGACACACCAUAAGCAACGGCUCCGCCCUGGUGGCGCAGGAGCCGCCCAGGGAGCGGCCGAGGAAAGGCAACUUCGUGACCGAGAUCAAAAACUUCGGAUUAUUUCACAGACGGUCGAAACAAAGCGCUGCCGAGCAGAACGCAAACCAGAUCUUCUCUGUUUCGGAGGAAGUGGCCCGUCAGCAGGCGGCGGGCCCCCUGGAGUCGCGAGCGCUGGCCUCCCGGGGCGACCCUGGCCUCCCCGGCCUGCGCGAGCAGUGCGUGCUGGUCGACCACAGGGGGCGCUGUGCGGACGCGCCCGGGGCCCGCAGGGCCUGCUCCUUCGACUCGGAGAAGGUGGUGGUGGAGGACACUGUCCCCAUCAUCCCCAAGGAGAAGCACCCCAAGGAGGAGGACUCCAGCACAGACUACGACGGGAGCCUCCCGGACACGGUCACGCACGGCGACUACGUGACAACCAGGUUGUGACACUGCAAAGAGGAAGCGUUUAGCGCACACGUCUGUAUUUCCCAUUGUGCAAUACAGGUUGGGGGAAAACGUUUAAAAUUAAAUUAGCCAACGCUACCGUACACUUUAUAGCAUUUGUCACCUGUGGCGUGUUCCCCUGUACGAUGUUGAAAUAAGGCAAAGGCAGUGGGAAACCCUGGUGUUUUGUACCCUGCUUUUGCUGCCAAAUUUGUUUUACAAUUGUUUUUGUUAAUCAAUACACGCACCUUG